ACCGAAAACCCUAAUCUCACUCCCCAAAAGAGGGCAAAACCCAUCGGGAGCUCAAAAGCCUCCAGCAAUGGAGACCACAGUCUCCUACCAACGAUUCCCCAAGGUGCGGAUCCGAGAAAUGAAGGACGAAUACUGCAAGUUCGAGCUCCGAGAGACCGACGCGAGCAUGGCCAACGCCCUCCGCCGCGUGAUGAUCGCCGAGGUCCCCACCGUCGCCAUCGACCUCGUCGAGAUCGAGGUCAACUCCUCCGUCCUCAACGACGAGUUCAUCGCCCACCGCCUCGGCCUCAUCCCGCUGACGUCCGACAACGCGAUGCGCAUGCGGUUCUCACGUGACUGCGAUUCUUGCGACGGCGACGGCCAGUGCGAGUUCUGCUCGGUUGAGUUUCAUCUUAAUGUUUGUUGUGACUCCGAUCAGACGCUGGAUGUGACGAGUGCGGAUCUUAGGAGUGCGGAGGCGAGUGUGAUUCCGGUGGAUCUUGCGGUGAAAGCGCUGGCGAUGGAGUCGAGCUCGACGAGCUAUGAGGCUGCUGAGCAGAGGGGAAUAAUAAUCGUAAAGUUGCGUCGUGGGCAAGAAUUGAGAUUAAGAGCUAUAGCAAGGAAAGGAAUAGGCAAGGACCAUGCCAAAUGGUCUCCUGCUGCAACUGUAACUUUUAUGUAUGAGCCUGACAUUCAUAUUAAUGAGGACUUGAUGGAAACCUUAUCGCUUGAUGAGAAAAGGGCCUGGAUUGAAAGCAGUCCUACCAAAGUUUUCGACCUUGAUCCAAAUACAGGACAGGUGGUGGUGGUUGACCCUGAAGCAUACACUUACGAUGAUGAGGUGAUCAAGAAAGCAGAGGCAAUGGGGAAACCUGGGCUAGUUGAGAUUAACGCGAAGGAAGACAGUUUCAUCUUCACCGUGGAAUCGACUGGUGCCAUCAAGGCUUCCCAGUUGGUGCUCAAUGCAAUUGAUGUUCUGAGGCAGAAGCUGGAUGCUGUUCGUCUUCAGGAUGCUGAAGAGAACGACUUCAGUGAACUGAAGGCGCAUCUUGGGUAGUCCAAGUAACGGUGGUUGUACUGAUCUAAUUAUGUGCAUUCUCUUAUGCCAGAACUAAUACUUAAAACUAUAGGCUUGAAACCUUAAGCCAUCCUUGGCGAACUUCUUUAUCUGCGAUAUUCUGGAUGCCUACUAUGCUUUCUAUGUUCGAUAUCUGCAGCGAAUUCCUCAUCUUCUGCUGGUUUA